AUGACACCAAAAUCUAAAAAUGAUAGUGAAGGAACAGUCCAAUAUGAAUGUUUUUCACUUGAAUACUUAAAAGCAAGAUUGUUUCGACAUCAAGGCUUAUUGUUGAGUAAAUAUGGGGAAUUUGAAAAAGGCUUGAGAUUGAUAGAAAAUGGAAGGUUUUUAAAUCAACCUUGUCUAGAGAAGGCAUGUUGCGCAGAGUAUCAAUAUUUAUUAGGCAAAGUUAAAUUAAUGGAAAUUAAUAAUAAAUUAAAGAUUAAUAACCAAAUGAUUUUUGAUAAUAUACAAGAUUCCGUACUCUCUUUACCAUCAUUUGGAAAAAAUUCAAAUAAAAAACAACAUAAUAUCAAUCAAAAUUAUUUUCCAGAUAAUUUUUUAGAGGAGAUUAAUAAAGCAAUCGAUUAUUUGGUAAAAGUUUAUGAUCUAAUAUAUGAAUGCGGACCUACACAUUUGUUACAAGAAGCUUCCCUAUGUAUUGUUAAGGCAAAUUUGUUAAAUGCUUACUGCUAUAACAAAUUUUCUGAUCAAUUAGAAAUUGCGACCAAAUGUGCAUAUUAUUUGGAAAUGACUAAAGCACUUACUGUUAAAAGGGAGUUUAUUACAAUCUUGAACGAGAAAGCAAUAAAAUUACCUUUAAAAUAUAAUGAUAAUGAAAGAUGGCCUCAAGCAGAAACAUCAUAUCAAAAAUUUUUAAAAGAUUUAUUGAAGAGAUACAAAGAAGAAUCAUCAUUAACAUAUCAUCAAUUUCAAAGAGAAUUUAUAGACAUUAUACCUUCUCAAUGGACUGUGUGUUCAAUUACUGUCGAUAUUGAAAAUAAUGAGCUAUAUAUUUGUCGCUUUUGUCAAAAAACAUCACCAUUAUUGUUACGAUUGCCUUUGAAACGACAAUCUGGAGAAUGUGGUGGAUUUUUGUAUAAUGACGUGAUUAGAAAAUUUAAUCAAAUCAUGGAUUUAUGUGAUCAGAGCAUGAAAUUUGAUAAAAAAUGUAUGAAUAAACAAGAAAAGUCGCAGUGGUGGAAUGAAAGAAAGGCAUUGGAUGAUAGAAUGAAAACCUUACUUGAAAAUAUCGAGGAUUGUUGGUUAGGCGGCUUUAAGGGCAUAUUAAUGGCAGAUACAGACAAUGAUCCUAAACGACUUGCUAAUUUCAAAGAAAAGAUGGAUAAAUUAGCACUAAAAAAUGAAAUAUGUAGUCAAACUUUUGGUAAACAAUCAACAAAAAAGAAAAUUGAUCUUCAUGUAGAAUUGUAUAGAUCUUUUCUUCGUUUAGGACCAAAUGCAACAGAUCGAGAUAUUCAAGAUAUUAUUUAUUUUCUGGUUGACAUAUAUAACAAAAAUAAUGAUCAACAAAUCGGAUAUGACGAGGUUGAUUGGGAUCAGCUUACUGUUGAUAUAAUAAAUGCACUAAGUGUUAAUGCAAAUUUUAAUGAUUCAAAAUCUGAUGAUCAGCAUGUUAUUUUAAUUUUGGACAAGUAUGUUCAAAUGUUGCCAUGGGAAAGUUUUCCUUGUUUACGAAAUCAAUCAGUUUCUCGAUUACCCUCAAUUUCAUUUUUAAGAGAUCGAAUUCUGUCAAUGAAACGUCAAAAUAUUAAUAAUUCAAGUAACAAUGAAAAAUAUUUUAUUGAUCCACAAAAAACGUUUUACAUUCUUAAUCCGAGUCAAGAUUUAGAGAAUACACAAAAAAAAUUUGAAGAUUUUGUUAAAAGUUUCGAAGGAUGGAAUGGUGUGAUUUGUCGUCAACCAUCUGAACAAGAAUGUAAAAAUGCGUUGAGUAACAAUGAUCUUUAUAUUUACAUUGGGCAUGGAACUGGAGAACAAUAUAUUAAAAGAAGUAUUGUAAAACAAAUAGAUAAUUGUGCUGUGGCUUUAUUGAUGGGUUGUAGUAGUGGUACUUUGAAAUUAGAAGGCGAAUUUGAUCCUUUCGGAUCAUCACUUAAUUAUUUGAUUGCAGGAUGUCCUGCGUUGGUUGCGAACCUAUGGGAUGUGACUGAUAAAGAUAUCGAUAGGUUUAGUAAAGCUUUAUUUCAUGAAUGGAAUUUAAAACCAAAUCAUGAAUUAGAUAAUGUAAUUGGGAAUGAUACAAAAAAAAUUGAUGUAUCGUUAGUUAAAGCUGUUUCAGUCGCAAGAAAAGAGUGUAGAUUAAAAUUUUUGAUCGGGGCAGCACCUGUAAUUUAUGGUGUACCUGUUUACUUAAAAUGA